GUGUAUGUGUGUCGUUGAGAAGGAUGUUGCGUAUCUUUUAUUCUUUGCUGCUUCUGACAUCAUUCGAAAUUGGAUAUCAGGAAAAUACAAAUUCAUCACAUACAGGAACAUUUUCAAUUGAUAUAUCUGAUGAUUUUGAACAAUAUUCUAUCAAUGAAUAUGAAGAUCCCAUAACGAAAAAUUAUCAUUGUUCAGUUAAAAAUUCCAUGAGAAAUAAUUCAUUUAUUCCUGAUCCUCAUAUUCUGAAAUAUUUGGAUUCUAAUGGACUUUUAUCUAUUCGUCCUAAAAAGCAUUACUAUCAGAUUCGUCAAAUACGACAAAGAUUAUGUAAAUUUGGUUUUGAUCCAUUUCGCAUUGAUAAAAAACCAGGCUCAAUUCAUAAACGAUUUAAGCACAAUUUACGUUUGAUGAUUUAUAAUACACCAGGAAUGUUUCCAAAUUUAAAAAUUAUUCGAAAUGAUCUUGAUCGUCGAAGAAAACGUGAACCACAAUUAUGGUUAAAAUUUGAAAUUUCCAAUGGAUCACUGACAGCUGAAUUUGAUUAUGAUAAUUAUUUUAUUCUAAUUAUUGGCGAUUUAGCUAGAAUUCAAGCUUUUUCAAAAAUGCUCGUUGCAGUAAAAUUACACAAGAGAUUAAAUAAUUUUCACGAUCCUGUUUGUUAUAAAGUUAACUUGGAUCUUGGAAUAGUGGACGUUAUUAUGUCAACAUUUGGGUUUUGGAUGAUGAGGGAUAAAACACUAUUGUCAGAAAUGAUAAAAGCUCUCAAUGGAAUUCGAACUGAAGUCACAGAAAGUGGUGAAGUUAAAAUUGAAUUUGAGGAAUCAUUUAAAGAAGCCACUGAUAAAUUAGAUCCAAAUCUUUAUUCUUAUAUAUGGUUAUUGUCACUUGCUGAAAAAUUCGAAGUUGUAAAAAUUACUGGUACAUCGAAAUUAAAUUCGACAUUAUAAUUAAAUAAUUAUUUUUUGAUAAUUUCUCAAUAUAUAUGUAUGUAUAUAUAGAAAUAAAAUUUCUAAAGGAUUAAACUAGUGGAAAUAAAGAGUAGCAAAUAUAUUUAUAUAUAAGGAUAAGAGAUGUGAAUUUAGAAAACAGGUUCUACUGGCUCAAACAUCACACGAUUCAGAUUGUUCGAUAAGGUAGAAAUAAACUAUAAUAUGUGGUGAGUUUCUUAUUACUUUAUACCACUUUCUGUUUUCUAGGUGUGGCUAAUGAAAAGCUUGUUAGUAAUAGUCAUUCUUAAUUCAAAAGGUGUGAGUGAUUUAGUUUGGAGUUCUCUGUACGUAUAUUUCGAUGAGAGAGUUUGUCGAUCAAACAGACUUUCAUGUUACUCUUGUUUGCACUUUGGGUCAUUGCUUGUAGAUGGAGCAACAUUUCUUAUUAGCAAAUAAUUUUUCUCUAUUGUAAUUUUGAAAAAUAUUUUUAGUAUUGUUUUUUAAUUUUUA